AGCUCUGCAGUCAGUAUCUACAUGGUCUCCGAGUACACAUAAGCCAAGCAAAUCAUUUUUUAAUUUUUAUAAAUUCAUCUAUGAAGUAAAAAACACCAAAAUGUGACAUAUGUGUUUGGGAGUAUUAUAAACAUUAUUGAAGCUACUAUUGAGUAUACUUUAUUUGUUUGUAUAACUGUUUGCAUCAACUUUUUAUAUACUUUAAUAUUAUAAUACCAUUUUUAUUAGUGUUAAUACUGUGAUAGAAGUGAUAAAUACAAAAAUCCUACAAAAUUAAUCGCAGAAUCGAUUAUGUGUUGUGUAUACAAUUAAUCUGCUUAUGAACAGAGAAAACAAUAAAUGUGUAUAUUUGAAAUCGUAAUUUAUUUUAGGAAUUGAAUUUGUUUCUAUGAAAAGUAAUACAUUUUACCUUUUUUUAAUUUAAGUAUUAUCAUCUCAAUCAGAAAAUGUAAAAGUUGAAAAAUUAGCAAAAUUGAUUGUCUUGAAUAAAAUUAAUUUCAUCAGCACAGUAGAAAUGUGCUGAUUAUUAAGUGAAAAAGCUACUUAGUAUUCAGGUUGAGGUUAUAAGUAUAAUCUUACUUCAUUCAUGCAUUUAAUAAUCGACCAACAAUCAAAAAAUCUAAUCAAGUUGUCACAUUGGAGCUGGGAUUUUUGGCGCGUGGCACCGCCGCCUCUAUGGCGAUGGUAGCUCCAUCACCUAGUUGGGCAACACGGGAUUCUUCUACUGUGCUCAGUAAUAUUUGCAACAAUUCUGUAAAUAAUCAAACAGAGUCUAAUGUUUCGAUGCCUCCAACCAAUUUGAUUUCACCAGCAGUGACUGAAGAUAUAGCGUGCUUAAUGUCCUCUGGAUCUAUUGCCGCUUCUCGAGAUUUGUUGCAACAAAGUGCGACGCCUGGACACCAAGUAAAUCAGUCUGGUAAUUCACAAACAGACAAAUCAUCGAAUAUUGAAUGCAUAGUUUGUGGUGAUAAAAGCAGUGGGAAACAUUAUGGACAAUUCACGUGCGAGGAUGACAGAAAUAUAUUUAGUAAAGCUUACAAGCCGCAUGCUGCGAUAAUCAACAAUCCAGCGAGAUCAUUGCUGGCAAAAAAGCUUAAGGCAUGGAAAGCUAUUCACCAACAAUUCAAUUGAAAUCCACAUGGUUAUGAGAGAACCCUAGCACAAUUGAAAAAAUUCUGGUACAAUCGUCGUGAUGCAAUGACACAAACUACUAAAAAGUCAAAGGAAAAAGUUGUUGCAGCCACAAUAGUAGCUCCAAUUGGAGGUCCAUCAACAGCCUCAAAAGCGGCCCUGGUAGCAGGCCAGCUAAAUGAACCGAAACAAACUGCAGGUGUAAAAAGAAAUGUUCGUGUAGACACACACGCACUGAUGAGGCACCGUUUCGUUUCACUUGUAUCUUUAAGCAUACGUAUAGGAUGCAAGAGUUUUUUCAAACGAAGUGUUCGUAGAAAUCUAUCAUAUUCGUGUAGGGGUAAUCGAAACUGUCCUAUUGAUCAACAUCACAGAAAUCAGUGCCAAUAUUGUCGACUAAAAAAGUGUCUGAAAAUGGGUAUGCGGCGAGAAGCUGUUCAAAGAGGCCGAGUUCCACCCUCACAGCAAAGUCACCCUGGAGCUACAGGACAAUUUACUUUGACAAAUGGAGAUUCCGUGUCCUGUUCUAGUAUAAAUGGACAUUCAUACUUAUCUUCUUACAUAAGCUUAUUAUUGAGAGCUGAGCCAUAUCCUAAUUCUCGGUACAGUCAAUGUAUGCAACCUAAUAACAUUUUAGGUAUCGAUAAUAUCUGCGAACUUGCUGCUAGAUUAUUAUUUUCUGCUGUAGAAUGGGCAAAAAACAUACCUUUUUUUCCUGACCUCCAAGUAACUGAUCAAGUUGCUCUAUUAAGACUUGUUUGGAGCGAAUUGUUUGUAUUGAAUGCAAGUCAAUGCUCUAUGCCAUUACAUGUAGCACCACUUUUGGCAGCUGCUGGACUCCAUGCAUCACCGAUGGCUGCUGACCGGGUCGUAGCUUUUAUGGAUCACAUACGAAUAUUUCAAGAACAAGUUGAAAAAUUAAAGGCAUUACACGUCGAUUCAGCAGAAUACAGCUGUCUUAAAGCUAUUGUUUUAUUUACAACAGAUGCUUGUGGACUAUCUGAUGUGUCGCACAUAGAAUCACUCCAAGAAAAAUCUCAAUGCGCUCUUGAAGAAUAUUGUCGAACGCAAUAUCCAAAUCAACCAACAAGAUUUGGAAAACUACUGUUGAGAUUGCCUUCGCUAAGAACUGUAUCCUCUCAAGUGAUUGAGCAACUGUUUUUUGUGCGACUAGUGGGUAAAACGCCAAUUGAAACACUUAUUAGAGACAUGCUUCUCAGUGGUAGCAGCUUUAAUUGGCCGUAUAUAUCGUCCGCGUGACAAUCAGUUAUUGUGAUCAGAAAAUUGUUUGUGUUAAAUGUAUACAUAUCGAAAAAAAAUUAUACAAGUCAACCAAAUAUAAAUAGUUUUGUAACUAUCUUGAUUUAUUUUCCAAUUAUCAAGAUAAAUUUGUUACUUAUUCAAAGAAAAUUGUCGAUAAUUAAUUUACAUUAAUGUUAUGCUUUAAAUUAAACUUGGCUUAAAAGUAACUAACAAUGAUUGGUUGAUCGCCAACGCUUUCACUUGAACAUAUCUGUGAUAAAUAUACUUGUAAAAACAUAAAUAAACAUAUUUAAGCGCGUUCUAUGCACGAAAUAGUUUGUAUAAACACACGUUUUAUUACUAGUUUAAUAUUACAUAAUGCGACUCAAUGUAUUUUUGGUGUUAUUCCAAGUAUAUGCUAAAAGACAAUAAAAUAAUUUAUUGCUUCCUUCCUAAGGAAGCCUUAUAAGAGUAA